AUGGAAGGGAGUGAAGUGAAGCCAGCAAGAGGAGCUCCUCCUAAACCAAUGCCGUACCUCCCACAGAGACCUCCCAUAGAACCUUUAACACAGCAUGCACCUUCUGAUGGAUCGCCUCCUACUAAACCUGGCAAAAAGCCUCCACCAUCUGUUCCCCCUCCCCCUCCUCCUAGAGUGGACCUUGGUGAGACAGCAGUGGAUGUGGGCAGUUCAAUCAAAGAACAAAGUAACAUUAACCUGGCACAGAAAGGAUCACCUAAACCUAAGUAUGAAAUUAACCUGUUUCUUUGUGUGUAUUUGUCAGUAACCUGAGCCAGCCAAGGACCAAGAGUCAGCAAAUUUCUACUUGUUUUCUUGACAGUCUCUUAGUUUUGAAUUAGAACUAUUGUUAGGGAAAAUGGUGAAAGCAUGCAUGCACCAAGGAUAAAAAUUGGGGGGUGUUAAAACACCUCUUAGUCCCUGUGAUAUAAUGUCAAAUUCUCCUUUAUUUUAUGAGCAAAGAUGUGUCAAUUUAGAGGGAGAAUCAACAGUUUAUCAUUUUGAUGUCACUUGGAACUUUUUAAUAGGUACCCCUUCAAGACGAUUUUAACAGCCGCAAUUAAAAUAUGUAUAUUUUUUCGGAGAUCAUCAUUUUUGUAGAUCUUAUCUAAGGUCUUAAGUCAUGCCAAUUUUGCAAUUUUUGCCAUAUUAAUUUACAGUGUAGAGUAUAUACUAUUUUUGUGAAGAGGAAUUUUGUUCCGUACUGUUGAAUUUUCAACUUUUGAGUUUAAUAUGCUAGUGAUGAAUAAUUUUAUUGUAUCACUUUCACAUCAUCUCACAUUAGAAUAGAUUGGAAAUUGUCUUAUGUGCAUGAGCAAGGCCAGCUGUACUCUAGCAGCACCCAGCCCCUGUUUCCUAACCUCUGUUACUCAGGUUACUACAAAAUCUUUUUAACCCCCCCACCCCCGAGAUAAUUUGAAGCAAUUUGCUUUUUCCAAAGGUGGUUGAAAAAUCGGGAUUCCACUGUAUUAUUAAAACUAAUUCUACCCCUAGUACUAUGCAAUGGCCAAUUUUUUCUCUCCGUGUACUUUCCAUAAAUGCAGUCAUUUUAAGUAUCCUUUCAGUUCUACAACAGUUACAGCCACUUACUAGCCUUCCAAUAAUUAUUGUACAAACGAUCUUUCUACAACACUUUACAAGCAGUUAAAAGCUGCCAGUGCACAAUCUAAUGCACUCACUGUAUCAUAAUCGCUUCGUUUAGUUUAAAUAUUCUGGUCAUUAUAUAUUUUUAUUGUAAUUCCUAAAGCUUUUUAAAUGAACCUCGUCUCUGUAUAGCCGAUUUUUUAUGGAAAAAAUAACGCAUAAUUUCCCUUCUUACAUUAAACCUAACCUUACUUACAAUUAUAUUUCACACUUGAUUUGGGUUUUUUUCCUCUCCGUUUGCCUGCCAAAUAUUCCAUGUAACUUUUCACAGAUUCUUCCCAAAGUGACAGUCGCAGAGAAGUUGUACUGUAACUGAAUGUAUAUGUUUUUGUUUGUUUAGUCCUAAAGGUAGACCUGAAAUCUCCAUUGUGUCAGCAAAACCAAUGGAUUCUUCAGGAGUGAUUCCACUUCCUGCAGUCCCCGCCCAACCUGCACCAGCAUUUGAAGAGCCUUUACCCAAGGCACCACAAAGGCGAAAACCCAAGGGCCGUGAGCCCCCGCCUAGACCUAAGACACGCCCAGUAAGUGAGCUUACGCUGGAAUCAGAUGAACUGGAUAUGGGCUCAGUGAUAUCUGAUAAGAAGAUAAAUACUCACAAAGAGGAUGUUAGUAAGGUCGAUGGCACUAGGUUGAGUAAUACUCCAACUUUUCCAACAAAGAAAGUGAAAAAUGACAAGCCUGAAAUUAAUGAUGUGUUAAGAACUGAUGAGCAUACUAAUGACAGUGGAAAUGUUAACGAGAAGUCAGAGUUACGCCCAAGAGAUUUGUGUGAGAUAGGAGAGGACGAUCAACAGGUUAACAAAGUUGGUGACAAAUCAACUGCAAUAAAAGCAAAACCCAGGGAGAGGGAAUCUAGAGCUUCAUCUGGUGUUGAUGAAGUAAAAGAAAAAGGUUUGGAUGGUACUGGAAUCCCAGUUGUGGAUGCACUGGCUGCAGGAAAGAAGACUAAACCAACAGUUAUUAUUGCUAAACCUCCGAAGAAAACGACUUCUUCUCAGGGACCGGAGGAAAAAGACGGAAUUGAGGAGCAUAAGGGGGAAAAACCGAUUCAUGUCAGUACCCAGGAGAGAAAACCACCUCCUCCGGCUAAGAAACCCAAGCCAGCUGUUAAACCCAAGCCCUCCAGUGUGGUGGAACCAGCUGUUAAGGAAUCCGCAGAGGACAAGAAGCUUGAUAGUACUGUAGCCCCUAAACCAAAGGCGAAACCCACUGUGAUAUUGCCAGCUAAACCAUCUAAAACUACAGACGUACCAAAGACUGGUGGUGAAUCUGCUGAGGAGAAGGAAGCGAAUGGAGUCCAAAAGAAAGCACCUCAGCCAACUGUGAUAUUGGCGGCCAAACCUUCUAAAGUUACAGAAACACCAACGCCUGGUAGUGAAUCUGUUAGGGAGAAAGACGAAACCGUAGCCCAGGUGAAAACGUCACCUCGGCCCACUGUGGUAUUGCCCUCUCAACCUUCUAAGAUUCCUGAAGCACCGAGAGAUUCUGAUAAAGAGACUUCUAAGAGCGAACAAGAUGGUCAGACCUCUUCAAAGGCAGCUUCUGCUGAACCUGGAGAAAUGCAAGAUCAGUCUGCUGCACCUCAACCAGUGAAAACUAAGCGCGUACCAACCGUUAUUAGAGCGCCACGCCCUCAGGGGCAAGAGACAGAGCGCGUAGAGCGCAAAGCACCCAAAAGACCACAGAGAGGACCAAGUAUUAGAAGAUCAGCGCCACCACGGCCAGAUAGUGCUCCCCCCGCAAAGAAUGAGGAUCAGAGUGAACUUGCAGCUGGUGCUCAGAAAGAAGAAGCGAAACCAGAUGCUUCUGCUCUGCUGAGUGAUAAAGUACAAACUAAAUCAAGGCCUCACAGACCAGUUACUAUUCCUGGAGUUAAAGAAAAUGAAUCAGUUUUAGAUAAAAGGAAAUUGCGUGAGUUAGAGUCGUCAGUAGGGACAGAAAAAAAUAUAACUAGAAAAGGCUCAAAGAGGGGACCUCCUCCUCCCAGACCCCCUGCAGCUGAUUCUCAUAGAGGACAAGUGGAGACCACAUCAGACAUACGCGAUGAAGUUCAUUCCUCAGAUGAACAAUCAAACGAGAAACAUAGACCUGCGCCUCAUAGACCUCCUUCGAGUAAGCUUGCUGGUGGUAAGGCCAGCGUUAGUUCAGACGCUCAAAAAACACAGGAUCAUAAACCUAAAGAAAAAAGCAAGCCACCUCGGGCUUCUUCACGAACUCUAGAUGGUACACACCCAAAAGAUUUGCGUGACGAGCCUUUGGAAGCUCACGUGGAAGUUGAAACCAAACCAGCUAGGCCAGCUCCUGCCGCUUCAAAGGCAGAUGCUGCUAGUAGGAAUGCAGCUGAGAUACGAACAGUAGCAGAGUCAUCAGCGGAUGAUCACGUGAACAACACAUGCACUGUACGUGGCUCAAGGGAGACAGAUCAUUCUGUUGCUAAGGGCCAUGAAAAGGCUUCAAAGCCCAAAGCAAGACCACCUCGACCUAUAUCUGCAUCGACUUCAAAGCACGAGAAACAAGCACCAUCACAACCAGUAGCAAAGUAAGUAACAUUGUCUUUACUGCUCGUCGCUCUCUUAAGUGUUUAGUGAAAUAAGAAAGCGCCUUGCUUAUAUAGGAGGUACACGUAGCCCCUUUAGCUCGUUUGCUGACAGCAUACUUAAAGGAACGCCAGCAAAACGUCAAAUUUGGCAUAUAAUGUAGCAUGAUUGAAAUAUCAACUGUCUUGAGGGAAAACAACAAGCUGUUUACAGCAAACGCCGAAGAGAUGAACUUAGGACCACAGAGAAACAGUUCUUGCGAGGAGUUAAAGCGGAGCGCGAACUCAGACCUCUCGAUUAAGAGUCCAAUGGUCACAUGACCACGCCAUAUCCUUCUCGCUGGUACACUCCGCCAGUGUUUACCGUAUUUUCUCGAUUAAAAGCCGGGCCCCGUUGAAACUCUGGCCUCCAAAAACGCCGGGUCAUAACUGCCGACUUUUAAGUAUUAACACCGGGGGCGUUUAAUCGGGGCCCUGGCGUUUGAUCGAGGUCCUGCGUUUAUUUGCGGUCGAGGUCUUAAGGACCGGUAACAAAUAAAUAAAAUCUCUUGAACAGCACUGUAACGGCAUACCAAGUACAGUAUGCUGUUUUGGUAUUUUAGCAAAUGUUCAAAGGAAAAAUACUGGCAUAACACAACUAUACCAUAAUACUGUAACUUGGGGUAAUGGUAAUCAUCCUCGGAGAUCCAGGGGCGGGACGAAGGGAAAAACCGUCCUCCCGCCACCCCCUGACAAACUGCCCCCGGGUCUCCAAAGAUCGGUAUUAAUAAAUCAACCUGAAAAUGACAAAAAAUUGUAUUUCAUUAAUAAACGCCGGCCUCGAAGACAAACCGGGUCAAAACUGCCCAGGGCGUUUUUAUCGAGAAAAUACUGUACAUUAGCUAUCAUCUGGGUCAUGUAGAAAUGGAAAAAAAGAAAAGGUGUCAUUUAGCUGUACCGCUUAUCUUGUUUCAGGUCCAGGAAAAAGAAAAACGAAGGCGCUUCCUCAACCCAAGUGUCAUCUGUUCUUGAAACGUACAUUGAGCCCUCUGCUAUAGCACUCUAUGAUUAUGAGCCUACCGCCUUGGAUGAUUUGUCUUUUAGCGUAAGUAGUUCUCAUGUUUUUGUUUGUAAUAUAAAACCUGUUUUUUUCCCUUGUAACCAGACUUUCUUUACAGCUGAAACAUCCGGUAACAAAGUUCCCCCCCGGAGCAUAUGCCCCGGAGUUAAGGAAAGGUUUUCAGGUCGUGGGUUCCCUUAGCUUCAGUGUACAGGGGCCAUUCCCCGUUUCUCGAAAGUCGCGGUAACCUUUCAGAAGUCAAAUAUUCAAAAAAAAUUUAAAGGAUAAAAGCGUGUUUCGUAGGGAAAAAAUCAGUUCAUUUUGUUCUGCUAACUAAUAAUUUUGGCAUGGUUUCUGUAAAGCUGUUGAAACCUUUAUGGUAAAUGUAAACGGAACAACAGCUUUCCUGGACCUUCAAGAAACGGUCCUCUAAUGUACCAAACCUAAUGUCAGACCUACCUUAAGGCGAUGUUACACGAGACGAUUCGCAACGACAAUUUUUAGCACAACACAGCGUUGCAACAUUGUUGCGAUAUUGUUUUAAAGGCUUGCAACGUUGUUCCAACAUUGCAAAGCUGUGUUGCGCUAGAAACCGUCGUUGCUAAUCGUCCCGUGUAAAAUCACCCUUGCAUGGAUUGGUACAGAACGUUUCGCGGAUACUUAUUUUAGCGAUUUUGGAGAGACACUUUGUCGCGGGUUUUUAUUUUCGCUAUUACAAUAGGCGAAUAUAAAAAAAAGGGUAUUAAAUUUUGUUAUUUUAAAAAUUCUGAACUUUUUAAAGUUUGUAGAUGAACUGGAUGAGUUACAAUACAUUACGGAACGUACCAGUAACACCAGUUAAUAAUUUGUGUAUUUGUCAGUUCAUAUCCUGUGUACAUGUUUUUGAAGGUUAGCCAUUUUUCCCAUGAUUUGACUGAUGAUUUUCUACAAUGGGUAUUUAUUAUCUUGGCGUCAGUGUUUAAAUUUGGCGAGGAUUUUUAUUAGAGGAGCGAUGAUUUCACAAUCAGUAAAAACGCGAAAUUAAUUACCAAUAAGGUACUCAAUGCAGAUUCAAUUUGACGAUUUCUCAAAAUCAUGAUAGAAAAUGAGUAGAUAAAAAAUCUUGUGCAAACUAAUUCUUGUUGAUGAAACUGCCGUGUAACUACUAACUUUUAUGUGGACGUGAUGAAUAGUAACCGUCGAGUAAAGGAAAAACUUGCUCACAUGAAACAAAUUGCUGUUUGUCGUUUGCCGUAGACGCGAUUCUAAAUCUCUUUACACACCAAAAAGGACUUGGUGUAGAAGUUGCGAGGAGUAUUAUACGGGACUUGUUGCUACAAGUAUGUCAAGAGAUUUUAAGAGAAUUCCUCGAAGAAAUCCACUAUUACAAUUUUUAGUGAUUUUUCCGAGUCACAUUGGGCUAACUUGAGAAAUGUUAGCCUAAUUUUGACCAGGUUGCAGCCCUUUUCCUCGUCUUCACCCGUCGCUCAAGACAACCACAGAGCUUUAGAGCAAUUUGUGAAAUACUUGUUAACAAGUUUUGUAAUCUUUCCCUUCCGUCAAAUACGUUUUUUGUUUUUCUCUAAAUGUCUUUUUUCUGCAUGCUUUUUGUGUUGUUUCUGAUUACCAACUAGCAAUUUUGCUCAAAAAAUGCAAUUGGGUAUGGUUGGAAAGAUCUCUUAUCUCCCUCUGUUCAAUUUAAGCGUCAAAAUUAUCUGUGACUGUCAAAUUGAUGAUGUCACAAGGGGUACAAGGGACGUAGAGUGUGAGUGGGUUACACCAUUACUGACUUAUUAAUUUUGCAGUCAUUACUUUCUGAAUUAAUGAGCUUGGUUUUUACAUUUCAUUUAUCCUAAUAGGCAGGAGAUGAGAUUGUGCUUGUUAAAAAGAUAGAUGAUGAUUGGUACGUUGGUCGGCUUGGAAACCAGGAGGGGAUGUUUCCUGUGAAGUUUGUGGAAAUCAUUGAGGAUCUUCCUCAAGAGACCACACAGGAAGACCAGGUAAGAAUCCCUGAAAAGGGCUACUAAAUGUACACGAAGCCCACACUUUUUGGUUGCCGAUAGAAAAAGGUGUAAAUUUUUUCGCAUUUUUUCUAUUCUUAAUCUUUUUGCCCCCCGCAGGGUUCCGGCCGAGAGCCCUGAACCCGAGGAGACACCCUAAAUUCCCCCGCGUAUAGAAGUAUCGAAAUCUUCUCAAAUGAAGAAACUAGGCGCGCAAGGUGAUCCCGGUUAAUUUUUCAGCAUGCAUGCAAGGAGGUAUUGGGAAAUUCUGGAAACAUGUCGUUGACCGGUUAGCAUUUAAGAUUCCAUCAUCCAGAACCACCUUCCCCUCUUAGGGACACUUACAUGAAAUUUCUAAGUCUCUUCAAAUUUUUACUCUUCUUUUCUUUGCCUAAGUCUAAGUCCCUUCAAUUAUAUAGUGACAAACCUAACAGUAAAUGAAAGCUAACCAUUUGGAGUCAGUGCUUAGACCUAAUUACUAUAUUCAGUGCUUAACCCUAAUCACUAUAACGUUUUUGGUCAAAAUUAAAAUCCCGGUUUAUUAUCACCCCUGGGUUUAGACAAGGGUGGGUGGGCGGGUGGCUUGUAAGCGAAAUAAAUAUCUUCUCCAAACGAACUGAUAACAACACUCAAUUUAAUUCAGUCCAAGAGAACAUCCACAACUCGAAUUUAAAUAGCUACCACAACAUAUCCAAACAAGUUAUAUAUAUAUAUACAUUGGAUACCUGCAGAAAGGCCUAUAACCUGGGAGGGGGAUUAUGAUCGAAUUUUUUAUAUAAAUUCUGUCUACAAAUAAAUGGGCUUAUAGGAAACUACGUCUCUAUUUUUUAUCCCACGACUGGAGCGUUAGACCUGAAUGGCAUUUCAUUAAUCUCAGCACAGAAUUCAGGGGGACAUCAAUUAUUCUUUGGGGCGUUUCACUCUUAUCACCUAUACUAAACGUUUCAUUUACGGUGCUUUCCACAGCCGAGUGCGGUGCCAGCAAGCUCCCCGUUUGAUGUAAUGGCUUUAUAUGAUUUCCAUGGAAACGACCAGGAUGGCGAGCUUGUCUUCAGUGCAGGGGAUAUGGUCCACGUGAUCGAAAAGAUCAAUGAUGAUUGGUUAAAAGGAGAAACCGGUGGACAUACAGGGGCUUUCCCUUGCAAUUUCGUUGAUAUAAGUAUAGACAUAAUCAAUAAAUUACCACAAACUGAAAUAAACGUGUCGGCAAACAAGAGUAGGAAAGAGACACAUUCAAAACCUGGGCAUACUCUUCAGUGUAAAGCUCUCUUUGAUUACAACAGCGGUGUGGCAGAAGAUCUCAGUUUUAGCGUGGGAGAUGUCAUUGAAGUGCACGAGAAAAUAAGUGACGAGUGGAUUAAGGGCAAGCUUCAUGGACAAGUCGGGAUGUUUCCCUCAGCUUUUGUGGAGAUGCUUGAAGGUGCACAGGAGAAAAUAGGAAUUGAAACAGGUAAAAAAACGAAAUUUAUUUCACAGCUCGUCGAUCUAUUUUUCGCUGCAGAAGGUCCUCAGACAUUACAAUAGCCUAAAAAGGAGUUGUGAUUACAACUUCGUUUCCAGGGUCUCUCCUGGGCACUAGCCCCUACGGAUAGGUGAGAACUGUGGUAACGAGGUUGCUGUGAUUAUAGUUAUCAGCGGAUUUGGCUUGGAAGCAAGCAAAGGGCUCAGUGUGUAUUGUAGGUACCCAUUAAGUUCGUUUGCUUGUCUUCUGAACAAAAGAAUAUUUGACUGCAGGUUUAGCUGUAAGAUAGCAACAUAUCAUUUUCAUAUGACGUCACGGCGCCCAUAUUUGUAUGCAAAACAAUGAAAUGGCGGUUGUGUCGGUGUACCACAAAAGUCCUAUGGGGAUGAAACUCUUUUCUCAUGUAAAAACUUUUUUUUGUUCUAAUGCAUUUGUAGAGCUGCUGACCACGUAAGGGAAAACGGUCUUUUGCACCGGGGUAAAAUCCACAAUCAUGAGUGAUGCGCAAGACUUGUUCAAGUCGUGAAAGUUGGAAUGGAUUCACCACUUGUUCAAGUCUUGAAAGUUUCAUUCAUGUUUAACGAGUUGUUAAGAGGUGUUUAUCAUUUCUAAGUGGUAAAUGAUCAGAAACGCUUUCCUUCAGUAUUAAAAUAAAGUGAGGUGUUACGCAGGCUACCUUAAACAUUAAUGUGCGGGAUCAAGUUAGGUCUCUGGGAAACUGCCCACCUACCCCUCCCCUAAGUCAGCAUUAACACUUACUUCUCACUUAAGGCAAAAUGUUGUCCAAGAUGCGUAGCGCGUGUUAAAGAAAUGCGUGAAUUAAGUAUUCCUCGUUCUACAAGCCAACUAUUUGUUACACUUUCAUUACUUGGCACGCCACGCCACACGGUUGGACAACACAAAGAACGCACUAAGCUUGUAAGCAGGCAGAUUCAGUCUUACCAGUUGCACAGCUCGUCGCACGAGAGCGAGUACGAGUCGCACCACUUGAAAAUAGCCCCUCUCUACAACCUGCAACCUGCCACUCAAAUUCGAAGUGUCCAUAAUAAGGUGCAGGUUAACCAGGGUACUUAUCAUUUACAUGGGAAAACCGGAAAUUCCGGUGGGAAAUUCAAAUGGUUCACCCAAUUCCGUUUGGGAAUCUUCAGAAAAUAUGGGCUGUGAUUUGAGGUGAAGCAAUUUUCCAACUCAUUUUAGCCUGUUCAGCUGAUUUGUAUAUACUUUGUAGCGGAUUGUUCUUCCACCACGUCAAAUUUUAUAGUUUUAUACUCAUGCACAAGAUUUCUACCCGGGUGGUUUGUGUAAAUGGUAAGAACCCCAGCUGUACGAAUCGUACGACCCUCCUUCACCUCUCAGGUUCGAAAAGCCCCAAUGAUAUGCCGUAUAAUCGGAUGUGCGACGCGUACAAGUUGUACCCCUUGCAAAGACUCCCUACGGGGUACUCCUCCGGUCUUGCCAGCUCUCCGCUGAAUUACUGUACUUCACUUAUUUUCUGUUGUUAGAAGAGACGAAGAAACCUGUGGUGGAAUACGGCACGGCUCGGUAUGAUUUCACUGCGUCAGCAUCUGAUGAAUUGUCCUUCAGGAAAGGAGACAGGAUAGAAGUUACAGAAAUUGUCAGUGAUGAUUGGCUGAGAGGGAGGCUUGGAGAUCACGAGGGAAUGUUUCCUCAAGCUUUUGUUCAACUUUCAAAAGAGCCAGGUACAGCCAGCAAUCAUCUCAUUUAUUGUCACGCUCUUAAACGGCAGUUUUAUGUGUUUUACUUCAUCUAAAAUACGUACUAACCAAACUGUGACCAAACUGGAUGUUUGGCUCCUCGAUCAGUCUGUUGUGUGAUUUUUUUUUCCGGAUGGAAAACAAAUAUAUAACCUUGGAAGUAAAUUUUAAGCAUUUCACGAUAAAUAGGAAAGCCUUUAGUUUGCUAUUUUUAAGUACCCCUGGAAGAAACGCAAAUGUCGUGAGAAUUUAGUCACGGAUUCUCAUACCUGACAACAACGAUCCUGUCCCAGGCUAUUACCCUAUGAGCCAAUCGUCAGUUUCUACAGACUGCGUUGCCUGGUUGAUUUCGAUAUCUGUGUUUGUUAAACCCUUUUAGGACCUCAGCCUAGGAAGAAUGUCAGAGCUACACCAAAGGCGAAGGCUCUGUUCGAUUUUGAUGGCGAAUAUGAAGAUGAAUUAUCUUUUAAGGUAAUUACUUACCUUCAAUUUGUUUAGGAUCGCGACAUUGUUCUUAGUCUUUGUUCGCAGGCUAAAGUUCUUUCCGUUUCUGCCUAUUUCCUUUUCGUAAACUGUCGUUGCCAUAUUUAACGGUCGAUGCCACCACUGGUAACCAAGCCUUUAGUCAUGAUGGAUGUAAUAUAUUCCCUGGAUUAAGUUACAAUAAGGAAAAUAAUACGUUUUUGAAUAGUCUUAGAAAAACAACGUUGAAGCCCAAGUUGAAUUUACGUUAAAAAUUAUGGAAAGGGCUAGGGCGGUCACCUGAUUUCACAGUUCUGAAAGACAGUUUUGCUAGUGUAUCUACUUAAUUGUUUCGGAAUUUUGGCGGUCGGUGUGGUAGUGUAGUGGUAAGGGACAGAGAUUACGGUACCUGAUCGCAACCCUGACCUUGAGUUGCGAUUUUCUUUCUUUUUAAUAAAAACACUCUCAAUAACAGGUCAAAAGUUUCAAGUGUCUUAAAAAUGGCAGCGACCGUUUACGAAAGGGACAACUGCUCCGCGUCCAGUUACGCUUAGGGCGCGAAUAUAAAGUUGAAUAACAGACUAAAAUGACCAGAAAUACCACGCUCUCUGGAUUGUUAAAUCAUGAUAUUAAUCAAUUAGUCAUUGAAAAAAUUACUUAGUUAUUGAGUCAUUAUAUAUGUCAUCGGAUUUUACUUAGAAAUCUAACCUUUUUGGUCAGACUUUACAAACUAAAAUUGAAACCUGCACCACAUGACAUGACAAAAGAGAGUUUUAGAUUCUGAGACGAGGAUGACUGCGAGUACGAGAUUUUCUCAAUACUAAGUGGUGCUCGCGCGUGAACCAGCGUCAUUUUGGCGGGAAAACGUGAUAGCAGUCGUCAUUCUUCUACGAGUGUUAGCGAGAUAGCUUCACUAAUUCUUCAGAUGAAAAAUAUUACAAUGAAGCUUUCCGGGUUGAAUAUUUUCGAGAGAACGCGGAAAAAACUUAAAGUUAAAUCGCGUACUCGUACUCGCCCUCUCCUCAAUUCUAAAUCUCUCUAAAAACUAAACACAACGGACAAUCAUCUGCUAAAGGUCUUGGACCGACAAAAAAGAAUAAGGUUCUUCUCUUGUCUGUCUCUUUAAGGCGCUAACCUUUCCAAGGCAAACACUAGCCUCCUCCGCAGGCAACUCCUAUUGUAACGGUUGUACUGACCGUGAGGAGUCUGAGAACGAGAAAAAGAGAAAAAAGUGGUGAGGGGUUGAGAUUGGUUGGGAUCACUGUAAUUCCCCUUUUUCUCCCCAUUCUCCUACUCGUUCUCUAAAACAGGACUGUGAAGCCUGCGGAGGGGGCUAGGCAAACACUUGGAGCAGCUCUUCAAAUGAGUUCAGAAGCAUCGCCCCUUUCAAACCUCUAAUUGAAGGCUAUGUGAGACGCCACAGCAAGCGAUACCGGGUCCUGAUUAAGCAUGCGCUCGUCUUUGUCUUUACUCAGGUCGACGAUGACAUUAUUUUGUUGGAACGGAUAAAUGACGCAUGGCUGAAAGGUCAAGUGAACCACAGAGUCGGCAGAUUUCCUGCAGCAUUUGUCAAAGUUUUGACACCACUUGCUUAGGUUUUACUUAAUUCAAGACCGCUAUUAGGUUUUAAAAUUGGGACUUGGAAAGAGCUUUGUGAUUGGGUCAAACCUUCCUCCUCUGUCGGUUUGAUUUAUCCUGAGGCGUAGGCAACGGACGUAAAGGAAGCAGAAACAGUUUCAGAGGAAAAAGGAAAAAUUCCUUUCUUUGUAUCUCCACUUUCAUCUCCGUCUGUCUAUGCACUUUAGAAUCAAUUAGCUACGUUUUGGUUGUCUGAGGAUGUGAUCGUUAAAUUAAUUGCUGUUUAUUUUGUGAAAAGUUUGAACCCAGGAGUGAUUUCAUAAGUAGGUUGAGUUUGAUGAUCGUCCGGGUGAGCGUAGUCCUGAAUAGGACUGUUGUUGACAGUGACUGACGUUUCGACAACCUGUGCGGUAUAGUCAUCUUCAGAGUCAAAAGAGUUGUAUCAUGUCAGUUGCAGUGGAUGGUAUAAAACUGUGGUUAUUGAUCUGAUUGGUCAAUUAAGUAGCGGAGGAGGGUAUGGUGAAAACGUGCUUUCUUUAGGAUUUUGACCUAUCAGAUUAACUGCUCGGUUUAGCUUGGCCAGAGUAGGUUUUUUUGAAAUUGGUAUGUCAAGUAAAAACCGCUCUUUGUAUAGGUUAUAUAGCAUUCUGCAGGUAUCUUCUAUUCCGGUAUUGUGAAUCUGGGAGGGAGACAUAGAGAUUUUUUGGCGUAAACCAGUUUUAAUAUCGGUCUCUGCUCUUGAAUUUUGGAGCUCUUUGGAUAGUGUUUCUUGUUGAAGUUGGUUUUCAAUUUGUAAAGAUUCGGAG